GAAAUCCAGAUCUUUUGAGCCUUUUGGUCUAUUGUGUCUUGCAAAAAGUAGGGAGGGCAGAGUGGAAAAUGAGCUUCUUGGGGUGGAAGUUCAGGGAGCGAUCUUCAGGGAGGAGGGAAGUUGGAUGAAAUCUCUCUGGGAUAGCGACAGGUGGCUCGAUUUCUGUAAGGAUCUUCCUUGGCAACUCAAGGAAGUUUGGCACCUCAAGGAACUCAGUAGGAAGCAGGAUGGGAUGUGGGUACCACCUACAGCUUGAGGCAGCAGCACUUCUAUGCCAAAAUUAACACUAGGCUUGGAGAGACGGGUCGUGUCUGAAAGUCUGUUGUGUUUCAGGUCCUCACUCCGUCCACCCUCAACCACACUCCCAACAACAUGUGCUCCACUGGAUGUUGCUCCACAGGAUGCUGCUCCGUCGUAAAGACCAAGACCGUGUGCUGCAGCCCCUGCCAGAAAACCGUGUGCUGCAGCCCCUGCCAGAAAACCGUGUGCUGCGAGAAGAGCGUGUGCUGCAGCCCGUGCCAGCAGUCCUGCUGCUGCGACCCGUGCCAGAAGACUGUCUGCUGUGACCCGUGCCAGAAGACUGUCUGCUGUGACCCGUGCCAGUCUGUGUGCUGCGACCCGUGCCAGAAGACCGUGUGUUGUGAGCCCUGCUGUGACCCAUGCCAGCAGGCAGUCUGCUGUGACCCAUGCCAGAAGCCCUGCUGUGACCCGUGCCAGACUGUGUGUUGUGACCCAUGCCAGAAGCCCUGCUGUGACCCGUGCCAGACUGUGUGUUGUGACCCAUGCCAGAAGCCCUGUUGUGACCCGUGCCAGCAGGCAGUCUGCUGUGAUCCAUGCCAGAAGCCCUGUUGUGACCCGUGCCAGCAGGCAGUCUGCUGUGAUCCAUGCCAGAAGCCCUGUUGUGACCCAUGCCAGCAGGCAGUCUGCUGUGAUCCAUGCCAGAAGCCCUGCUGUGACCCGUGCCAGACUGUGUGCUGUGACCCGUGCCAGAAGCCUUGUUGUGACCCGUGCCAGACUGUGUGCUGUGACCCGUGCCAGCAGGCAGUCUGCUGUGAUCCAUGCCAGAAGCCCUGUUGUGACCCGUGCCAGCAGGCAGUCUGCUGUGAUCCAUGCCAGAAGCCCUGUUGUGACCCAUGCCAGCAGGCAGUCUGCUGUGAUCCAUGCCAGAAGCCCUGCUGUGACCCGUGCCAGACUGUGUGCUGUGACCCGUGCCAGAAGCCUUGUUGUGACCCGUGCCAGACUGUGUGCUGUGACCCGUGCCAGCAGGCAGUCUGCUGUGAUCCAUGCCAGAAGCCCUGCUGUGACCCAUGCCAGCAGGCAGUCUGCUGUGACCCGUGCCAGAAGCCCUGCUGUGACCCAUGCCAGCAGUCCAGCUGCUGUGACCCAUGCCAGUCUGUGUGCUGUGACCCGUGCCAGAAGCCCUGCUGUGACCCGUGCCAGUCUGUGUGCUGUGACCCGUGCCAGUCUGUGUGCUGUGACCCGUGCCAGCAGCCUGUGUGCUGCACCAAGGUGUGCCAGAAGUCUGUCUGCUGUGUGCCCCGGCCCUGCUGCUCCUCCUGCUGCUCCUACGUGGUGAAGAAGCCCGUGGUGGUUUGCUGCAGCCCCGUGCAGUGCUGCACCACUGUCAGGAAGUGCUGUGUGCCCUGCAUCCCCAUCCAGCAGUGCUGCAUCAAGAAGAGCUGCUGAGCUGUCCCUGGGUGGCAAAAGCACCUCUGCCAGCUCCACGUCUGGUGUGCAACAAGAACAGGCCCCAGGAGAUGAAAACCUGCUUGUUUGCCUCUGGUUCUCAUCACAAUGGAGCCAACACGUAGGGAUUUUCUUCUUCUUCUUUUCAAGCUUAAGCUGCUGCUUCUUUCUGUCCUUUAGUUAUUGAGUAUCUUCAAUUUAUCACCCAUAGUAUAAGGCAAAGAGCCAUUAGAUAUUAGUGGGGUGUUCAUUCUCUUCUUGGUGGUUGGGACUUGGGAGCCCUUUGCUGUUAAUGUGAUCACUCUUCAUUCCCUCUCUUGGCUUGUAGACAAUAAAA